CGUACGUCUUGUCUUCGCCGCACUCCGGUGUUCAGACUCUUUGUGGCAUGGCCAAUAUCACGCGUUCUUCGAAGGCAGGCAGCGACUGGACCCCAAACGAGCUGCUCGCCUACAACAUCCGAGUCGUUUACCAGGAUUACGAGACAUUCUUCAAGCUCUCGGAGCGUUUUCCUCCUGACGUUCGUCAUAAGGAGGUCCUCACUCUCCAGGACCCAUCUGAAGCUGCGCACGACGAUACUUACGUGCUGCUCCGCACCAUGGCGCUCGCGAUGAACCCUCGCCACGGACAGGAGUCCGCCGUUGCAGAUUACGCUGUCGUACUGUUCAAAUGUCUCCAAUAUAUCGGGGACCUCACGGCUCUGGUCCCCAGGACGAGGAUGAGCAUACCCUUUUGGGUAUGCGGCCAAGAGAAACUUGCAACGGCGGAUGUCUGCCUUGUGGACGACACCAAUGACCCCGGGGUGCUCGUCCAAGAAGACAAACAACACAUGGAUCGGCCCAAUUCUGAGCCUCAGCUUAUCGCGUCCGCGAUUGCCGCUUUGUCCAACAUCAACGAAACACGCCUUCGCACCCUUGGGCGAGACACCAUUGCCAGCAAGCUCAUACCCGGGAUCACAAUGAAGGGUACGAUGCCUGUAUUCUACAAAAUCCCGGUCACCUCCGACCUCGUUCGCGCCGUCCAACUCGGCGAGUACCCCGCGCAAGAGACGGUUGUCUACGCCCAUCUUCCCCCGGUGCCGAGACCCGCUCGUCGCUACAGCGAGGGUAUGGCACCAUUGGACAAUCGCAAGAUUGUUAUCUCCUGCUACGGAGCCUUCAGGAGGUUCCUCUUCGGUCUAACAUGAUCUGUAUCUCUUGCGCAGGUGAGUGUAUCCUCCUUUCUUCGUGUGCGGGUCACAUCGAUGCGGAAUG